UCAAUGCGGAAGUUUUGGAUGAUAGUUCUCGAUUUUGCAAUUUCUUCAAUAGUAUACCAUGACAUUAUUGUAAAGGUGUUGAUUAUUCCUUGAUAAUUAGCAAUGGGUUUGUUUGGAAAAGGCCACGAAAAGCCACCCAAAGAGUUGGUCAAUGAGUGGACACACAAAAUGCGAAAGGAAGGUUACAACCUUGAGAGACAGAUAAAAGCUAUACAGAGGGAAGAGGAGAAGACGAAGAAGCUGCUGAAGGCAUCGGCUAAACGAGGGGAAACAGAAUCCUGCAGGAUCCUGGCCAAGGAGAUCAUGAAGGCACGGAAGGUUGUCAACAAACUAUAUACGUCCAAAGCUCACAUCAACUCUGUCCAGAUGAGCAUGAAGAACCAGCUGGCCUCACUGCGACUGGCAGGAGCACUGGAGAAGAGCACCCAGGUGAUGAACUCCAUGCAGGCGCUGGUGAAGGUGCCAGAGAUCCAGGCAACCAUGAGAGACCUGUCCAAGGAAAUGAUGAAGGCUGGCAUCAUGGAGGAAAUGAUGGAAGAUGCAAUGGAGAUGGGCGAUGAUGAGGAGCUUGAUGAGGAGGCUGAUGAGGAGGUCGAUAAGGUCCUGUUUGAGAUCACCGCAGGUGUGAUCGGGAAGGCACCAGCAGCAGUCAACGACUCGCUGCCAACAGGAGAGUUGGAGGGGGCAACAGGCGUGACACCAUCUGCAUCACAUGAUGAUGAGGAGGACGAAGAGGAAAUGGAUGAAAUGAAAGCAAGACUGGAGGCACUUCGGAGUUAGAACUUACAGAAUCAUGAUCCAUUGUGUAUUAGGACUGCAAUGACUCACUGAAGUGUCCAUUAAUUGUUACAGGAUUUCGUACUAUACCAAGUCCUCAGAUAACCUGUUUAUGUCAUGACAACAAAAGGGAAUGAUUGAUAGGAAAACUAAGACAAUAGAGAGGAAUGUUUUGAGGAGGAAAAUCUGGAAUUAUUUUGAAAAAUCAAUAUCAGUACAAUAUAAAUACUAACUUAUGCCUUUUAGAAACUGUAAAAUAAUAUUUCAGUUCAGGUAAGUGAAAAAGAGGAAUUUUGGAAAUGUUCAGUCACACAUCAUCAGUUAUUAACAAUUUGCAUUUUUUAAGAAAAUGAGAAA